GGGAGAGGUUGUUUCUGGGAAUCCAAUGACCAAACCUUUGACUCUAUGGGCAAAUGCACCAUAUAAAAGUCAAAUUAUUAUCAGAGCCGAGGAAAUUCAGAGCAAUAAUGAAAUGAUCAAUCUAUCUUUCAAGGCUGAAAAACUUGAUAAAAAGGACUUCUUGGGCAAGUCGGAUCCUUUUUUGGAGAUCAGUCGUCUCGGACGCGAUAACCAGUGGCAGCCUGUCCACAGAACAGAGGUUAGAAAGAACACCCUGAAUCCCACGUGGAAACCUUUUAAACUGAAUCUGAACACCCUGUGUUUCAAUCAACCAAAAUUGCAGAUCAAGAUUGACUGUUAUGACCAUGAUGAUGAUGGUAGCCAUGAUCUGAUUGGUGGAUUUACCACCACCUUGACUGAACUCCUGAAGGCUGAGACGAGUCAGAAAAGAUAA